GGGGGGGUGGGGACCUACGGAGCAGCCGCAGCGCUAGAGGCUGGAGGAUGCUCGUCUUUCAGGUGAGAUUCAGGGGGAAAUAAUGAUAAUUAAUCUCAAGUGAAGGCACACAGACGUCUCUGGGCGUCUAGCACCUUACAGCUCAAGGGAAGGACACUGUCAGGAAUACAUAAACAGCAUGCGGUGACUGAGGCCUGACGGCGCAGUGUGUCCAGUGGCAGCAGCAGGCAUCCAGCUUAGAUGAAGGAUGAAGAGCCCCGUGCACAGAUGCAGGGAUGUAGAACAUGGGCGUGGGCAUGCCCGGGACGGGGCAGGAGUCCACGGCCUACAGCCCGAGCAGCGCAUCCCUAUCUCCAAAGAUGUUAUCACUUCCUCUUCUGCCUCCGCCAUGUGGUUCAUCAAGGACGCCUGCGGCAUCGUGUGCGCCGUCAUCACCUGGCUGCUGGUGUUCUAUGCUGAGUUUGUGGUGAUGUUUGUAAUGCUGCUGCCCUCCAAGAACCUGACAUACAGCAUUGUGAAUGGGACCCUGUUCAACACUCUGGCCUUCCUUGCCCUCGCCUCUCACCUCAGGGCCAUGUGCACUGACCCUGGGGCGGUGCCAAAAGGGAAUGCUACUAAGGAAUACAUAGAAAGCCUUCAGCUGAAACCAGGGCAGGUGGUCUACAAAUGUCCCAAAUGCUGCAGCAUCAAGCCUGACCGAGCUCACCACUGCAGUGUUUGCAAACGCUGCAUACGCAAGAUGGACCACCACUGCCCCUGGGUCAAUAACUGUGUGGGGGAGAACAACCAAAAGUACUUUGUGCUUUUCACAAUGUACAUUGCACUCAUCUCUCUCCACGCUCUGGUCAUGGUGGUCUUCCACUUCCUCUACUGCUUUGAAGAUGAUUGGACCAAGUGCAGUUCCUUCUCUCCCCCAGCAACAGUCAUCCUCCUUAUACUCCUGUGCUUUGAGGGUCUCCUCUUCCUCAUCUUCACCUCUGUGAUGUUCGGCACCCAAGUCCACUCCAUCUGUACCGACGAGACCGGUAUAGAGCAGUUGAAAAAGGAAGAGAGAAGAUGGGCUAAAAAAACUAAGUGGAUGAACAUGAGGGCGGUAUUUGGACACCCUUUCUCCUUAUUGUGGGUUAGUCCCUUCUCCACCCCUGACCAAGGGAAGGCUGAGACAUACCAGUAUGUGGUGUGAGAGCUCAGCGCAGGGGGGAACGAGGCAGCCGGGGUCAGAACCAAAGUGGGAGCCCCCCCCCCACGCCCAGCCCCGCUGAGCAGAGCUGUGGCAUUGUGUUGCUCCCAGUGCUGAAUGUGAUUUACACUGUAUCUCCCACACUAGCCAUGGACAGCCUCUCAUCUGCUUUUCUUUUGUGUUGCCAAACUAAGUGCGCUAUCCGUUCACUUUUGUGUUGCCUUGAGUGAGUCAAGUUGCAGAGGAUAAGAAAAACUUUGUGAGUCUGUGAAUCCUGUUUGCAAACACUGUGAUGAAUCUGUUUUUUUUUCCCCUGAUCUAUUUCGCGCUCUGUUUUCUCAGUUGUUUCUUUUCUCGCUUUCCAUUGUGAAAGUUAUUUCAGCUAAAUUACAAAAAAAAAAAAAAAUCAUAUGGUAUCACCUUCCCCUAGACGACGAAGAAAACCAGCAAAUACUAUCCAGUUCCCAAGACAAUGUUCCUGGAAAUUAAAUUAUUUAAAGGUCAAAUUUCAAAGCACCACAAACAAGAGACAACAAGAGGUAAGUGGUAAACUGUGUCUUUUUGUAAUGUGGGUGAAUUGGCCUUUGAAUUGACCUUUGAAAUGAUCUUCCUGUCAGAUAGUAGGCAUCAGUGUGUUUCAGACAUGGACAAAGUGGGAGACUGAAAAUAAGGACUGGUUAGAUUCAGGGUAAUGGUCUCUACAUGUUUCACAGUCCUCGUGGGGGCCAUUCCACAAAAGACUGAACCUUUCAAACAGUGCCAAAUACAACACAUGAAGGAACAGUAUGCCGUCAUUAUUUGGUUAACUGUGGUUAACACCCAGUUGGCCAAAACACGGCUAUUUUUCCUCUUUCACUGAUCCCACUUUUCCUGUCCUGAUAUGAUAACACCAGUUCCCAGUUCAAAAUCAGUGCUCCAUUUUUCCCAAAUUUCAAUUUGGUAAACCAGAGUUGGCAGCCCGCUGUGACUGAAUGAAAUUAACAAUUUUAUAAUCACUCUGAUGAAAAAAAAAAAAAAACAGUUUAAUGUGGA